AGCAGCACCGUGGAGGCGAGGGCCCCUGGGCUGCCGCCGGCCAGUCGCCAACCCCGCUCCCGCAACCUCGCCCUACUCCUCUGUUCCCGGGGGACUGUGGAACAUCCAAGUGUUAGUAAGACAAAGGAAGCAAGUGGGAGGAGAAGCAGCCGCACAGUGCGGGGCAGACGAGCGAGGACACGAAGACAGCGUUUGGCUACCUAAUUCCAGCUCACAGCCAAUUCCUUCCAGCGAUUCGCCGACCCCGUCUCAAGGCCGCCGGACACACAGCGGCCUGACUCCAAUUACCAUGGCAACCGCGCCUCUCCACCACCGGAAAUGAGACGCAGAGCACCUCUUGAAAAUGGUCCGGCUAGAAAUGUUAGAGAUUUCUUGUUUGUUUUUAUCCGGAGAGAACGGAGAUGGCUGUGUCUGACCCUCUGUUGGGGAGUUCCAAGGGCAAGAGUAGUCGCAGGAGGUUCUGUGUUUCUCUCUGGAGGGACUGCCUGCAGUCAUGGACCUAACCUCUCCACCCGGCCUGCGUUCUCGCGGGGAGGACGUUUCCAGGGGGACCGCGUUAGGUGUGACACGCCUCCUGCCUGCCUGCCCGCGCUUUUCGCCUUUGCUCGGGGACGUUCUCGGCUGGUUCCGGUCAGUGGUGUGCUGCGUCCUUGGCUCCCGCAAUGCCGUAGUGUUAAAAGAUCACUGAAGUUGGAAGCACAUUCAUCUAAUCCUUCAAGGAUCGCAAGGACAGCGAGUUACUCGCCAACAACUGGCACUUGUCAGAUGAGCCCAUUUCCUUCUCCCGCAAGUGCUAAGGAAGAGCCCAGAAAUGAGCCAUCGAAUGGAAAGAGAAGAAAGUUCAAUCACCUCAAUUUGAUGGAAAGAAAGGAAUCUACACCAAAAGACAAUGAUGAAUUCAUGACGAUACUAUCUAAAGUUGAGAAGUCUUCAGACAGAGUCAUGGAGAUAAUGCAGAACUUAAACAGUAUUCAGGCUUUAAAAGGCAGCAGAGAGCUUGAAAAUCUCAUUGGUGUCUCCUUUACAUGCUGUUCCUUAAAAAGAGAAAUGGAAAAAACCAAAGAACUAAUGAUAAAAGUAAUGAAACAAAAACUCUUUGAAAAGAAGAACACAGGACUUCCUCACAAAGAAUUACAGCAUCUGGACAGCUAUGAAUUUCUUAAAGCUGCUUUAAACUGAGGCUCUAAGAAGAAAUGCCCUUACUAUCAGCCCCAAUUUUUGCAUCUGCCUGAUCAUAUUUAAAGGAACAGAAGAAAUGUUUGUAAUUAAUCUGCCCAGUAAAUACCAGAUCACAGCAUGAGGCAGGUGCAAGUCUAGAUAAAAUUUCUUGCAGCUAAUUUAAGCUUUCUACACACACCAGUAGGUAAUCUCAAUGUAAAUGAUUUAUUUCUUUGUGAGCCUUUAAUGUAAGCCACUAUGUAGAGAAGGAUCUUGGCAUAACUUUGUAUCAUACAUGUUUCUGUAUACUUCUGAUAUUUUUAUAGAUUGAAUAAAGCACAUGUGAAAAUGAAUAUUUUCUCAAAA